CAGGCAGCUGUCGUCGCGCGCCAUGCGAGUCCUCGCGCUCAGCCGCUCGGUGCCACGCCUCCUCCCGCUGCGGCCGCCCGGACCCCGGCUGUCGAGCGGGCGGGGGGCGGCGGCCGGCGCCCUGGAGCGGGCCAUGGACGAGCUGCUGCGCCGUGCCGUGCCCGCGAUGCCGGCCUACGAGCUGCGCGAGAAGACGCCGCCGCCGGCGGAGGGCCAGUGCGCCGACUUCGUGAGCUUCUACGGCGGCCUGGCCCGCGCGGCCGAGCGCGCCGAGCUGCUGGGCCGCCUGGCGCGGGGCUUCGGCGUGGACCACGGCCAGGUGGCCGAGCAGAGCGCCGGCGUGCUCCAGCUGCGCCAGCAGCCGCGAGAGGCGGCCGUGCUGCUGCAGGCCGAGGACCGGCUGCGCCACGCGCUGGUGCCGCGCUACCGCGGCCUCUUCCACCACAUCAGCAAGCUGGACGGCGGCGUGCGCUUCCUGGUGCAGCUGCGCGCCGACCUGCUGGAGGCGCAGGCCCUCAAGCUGGUGGAGGGGCCGCACGUCCGGGAGAUGAAUGGCGUGCUGAAGGGCAUGCUCUCGGAGUGGUUCUCUUGCGGGUUCCUGAACAUGGAGCGGGUCACCUGGCACUCGCCGUGCGAAGUGCUGCAGAAGAUCAGUGAAUCUGAGGCUGUGCAUCCCGUGAAAAACUGGAUGGACAUGAAGCGGCGCGUGGGGCCCUACAGGCGGUGUUACUUCUUCUCUCACUGCUCCACCCCCGGCGAGCCCCUGAUCAUCUUGCACGUGGCCCUGACCAACGAGAUCUCCAGCAGCAUCCAGACGAUCAUCGUGAAGGAGUACCCCGCCUCGGAGACCGAGGAGCGGAACAAGAUCACCACGGCCGUCUUCUACUCGCUGAGCCUGACGCAGCAGGGGCUACAGGGCGUGGAGCUGGGCACCUUCCUCAUCAAGCGGGUGGUGAAGGAGCUGCAGAAGGAGUUUCCUCACCUGGGGGCGUUUUCAAGUCUGUCUCCUAUCCCGGGAUUCACCAAGUGGCUUCUGGGGCUGCUGAAGUCGAAAGCAAAGGAUCACGGAAGGAAUGAACUGUUUACAGAUUCCGAGUGUAAGGAAAUCUCCGAGAUCACGGGCGGUCCGGUGAACGAGACCCUCAAGACCUUUCUCAGCAGCAGCGAGUGGGUCCAGUCCGAGCAGCUGGUCCGGGCGCUCCAGGCCCCCCUGAUGCGGCUCUGCGCCUGGUACCUGUACGGGGAGAAACACCGGGGCUACGCCCUGAACCCCGUGGCCAACUUCCACCUGCAGAACGGGGCCGUGCUGUGGCGCAUCAACUGGAUGGCGGACGUCAGCCUCAGGGGUGUCACGGGCUCGUGCAGCCUCAUGGUCAAUUACCGCUACUUCCCGGAGGACACGGCCGCCAACAGCACCGCCUACCUCAGCUGCAAGAGCAUCAAGGCUUCCGAGCAGGUCCUCAGCCUGGUGGCCCAGUUUCAGAAGAACAGCAAACUCUAAAGUCUCCUUUGCUGAAGCCAGCGUCAUCCCCGGCUCAGAAAGGGAUAACUUUCCAGAGGGGUCGGGGGUGGGGUUCUGUACCCAAAGGAGCUUCUAGAGUAAAGCAGCGUUGAACUGUG